AGGCCGCGGCUGAACCGCCCCUGCCCGCCGCGCCGCACCUAGCCAAGCCACCCUCUCCGCCAGAUUUGCGGCGGGAGCGGCAGGAGGGAGAACGCUGACUCCGCCGCCAGGAAAGUAAAUAAACUUAAUUGAGAAUGUCUGAAAACCUUGACAAGUCCCAUGUAAAUGAAGCAGGAAAAUCACAGUCAAAUGAUUCUAAGCAAGAUCUGGAAGGUGCUCUGGAACAUUCUGAUGAAGUUGUACAGAAAAAAAUAAACUCGGACUCUCCCAGUCCACAAAGAGUGCGAAGACCUCACUCUAGUCCCCCUCGGUUUGUGACAGUAGAAGAACUUCUAGAGACAGCGAAAGGAGUCACCAAUAUGGCCCUAGCCCAUGAAAUUGUAGUAAAUGGAGACUCGCUCAAACCAGUUGAAUUACCAGAAAACAGCUUGCGUCAGAGAGUAAAGGAGAUUGUACAUAAAGCUUUUUGGGAUUGUCUGAACAUCCAGCUUAGUGAAGAUCCCCCAACCUAUGACCACGCCAUCAAACUUGUAGGAGAGAUCAAAGAGACGCUCUUAUCUUUCUUGCUGCCUGGUCACACCAGACUGAGAAACCAGAUAACAGAAGUCUUGGAUCUGGAUCUGAUAAAGCAGGAAGCAGAGAAUGGGGCCUUAGACAUUUCCAGGCUGGCAGAAUUCAUUAUUGGUAUGAUGGGGACACUGUGUGCGCCUGCUCGAGAUGAGGAAGUUAAGAAACUAAAGGACAUUAAGGAAAUAGUGCCCCUUUUCAGGGCAAUUUUUUCCGUGUUGGACCUAAUGAAGGUGGACAUGGUGAACUUUGCUAUCACUAGCAUUAGGCCACAUCUCAUGCAGCAGUCAGUUGAGUAUGAGAGGAAGAAGUUUCAAGAGCUUUUGGAGAAGCAGCCAAAUUCCCUGGACUUUGUCACCCAGUGGCUGGAAGAAGCCUCAGAUGACUUUAUGACUCAUAAGUAUAGAAAUGCCCUGCCUGCUGGGGAAGAGGCUGCUGGCUCAGGGGAUGCUCCCACACCAACCCCAGUUGCAGUCCAGAAUUAUGCUUACCUGAAGCUUCUGAAAUGGGACCACCUCCACAGACCUUUCCCUGAGACAGUUUUGAUGGACCAGUCUCGCUUCCAAGAGCUCCAGCUCCAACUGGAGCAACUAACCAUCCUGGGAGCCAUUUUGCUUGUCACGUUUGGUACAGCAGCCCCUGGAAUUUCCAGCCAGGCUGACUUUGCUGAAAAACUCAAGAUGAUUGUGAAGAUUCUGCUAACUGAUAUGCAUCUGCCCUCCUUCCAUCUAGAGGAUGCACUGACUGCCAUUGGGGAUAAAGUGUGCCUGGAGGUGAGCAACUGCCUCUCCGUCCUUGGGUCCUCACCAUUCUCCACAGACAAAGAGACCGUGCUCAAGGGCCAGAUCCAGGCUGUGGCUAGCCUCGACGACCCCAUUCGUAGGAUCAUGGAAUCCCGAAUCCUGACUUUCUUGGAAACCUACCUUGCCUCCGGUCAGCAGAAGCCAUUGCCCACCGUGCCUGGGGGACUGGGUCCAAUUCAGAAAGAGCUGGAGGAAGUUGCUGUGAAAUUUGUUCGCUUGGUCAACUAUAACAAGAUGGUCUUCUGCCCUUACUAUGAUGCAAUCCUCAGUAAGCUCCGCCUCCCAUCCUAAUGUGAGCGUGCCCUACAGCAGCAGUGUUAGCCACUCGCCUCAGAGUUCCUGUUCUCCACUCUCCCGUGCUUUGGAAAAUGGCUAUGUAGUACAUUUCUACUUAACAGCACUGAUUCCAAAAGGAAGAAUAGUGUGUGUCACUUUGCAAAGACUUGUUGAAGAAUGCACUGAAUUCUAUUUUGAGGGAUUGUAUUUAUGAGUGCAAGUUUACAAAUCAAAGAAGCUUUCUGUUAUCUCCAGUUUUAUAGAUAACACUCAGCUUUUAGUAGUUGACUGACUGCCUGUGUUUUCACUCUGACUCCAUCAGAUUGUAGCGGCUGUGUUCUUCCAAGAAGGUGGAACCUCCCUCUUCUGUGAUCUGUGGGUAACUCUCCUUUCAGAUGCCCCAUGUUGAUAGCCACCAAGAGUAAAAGGGACUAAGCCAUGACUUGACCUCUCGUUCCUUCUUGCACAGCCUUCCCAUUCCU